AUGGAAACAUUUAAACCCAAAUGUAGUUGUAAAGUGAAGUACUUUGGAGUAGUUACAUUUGCUGCUCACAGCUCAGCUGUUAUUUCCAGCAACCAGCACAAGGCAGGCGCAGCAGCUGGCCUGGAGGCAGAGGGACAUCACCUUAUUCUGGAAGUGGUAACAAACUGGAAUGCUGUAGACCUGGUGGUUGACAGGGAUAUUGUAUUUCAUUGCAACAUUUAUGACCUGGGUUUUGGAGGUGAUGGCAAGUUAGAUCCACUUUGUGAAGAAGCCAGAAAAGCAGUGUUAAAUGCUUAA